AACCAGACCAUCCAAGUCCAAGUUACACAAAUUUCAUUUUCUCCAUUAUUGACACAAACAAGAAAAGAAAAAGAAAAAAAAUGUCAGGAGCAGCAACAGGUGAGGAAGACAAGAAGCCCACAGGCGACCAAUCUGGUCAUAUCAACCUCAAAGUCAAAGGCCAGGAUGGGAAUGAAGUAUUCUUUAGGAUCAAAAGGAGCACUCAACUGAAGAAGCUGAUGAAUGCUUAUUGUGACCGACAGUCGGUGGACUUCAAUUCAAUUGCCUUCCUGUUUGAUGGUCGCCGUCUUAGAGCAGAACAGACUCCAGAUGAGCUGGAGAUGGAAGAUGGUGAUGAGAUUGAUGCAAUGUUGCAUCAGACCGGAGGCACAGCUCUUUGAGUCUUGUUCUCUUCUGUUUCUGUGGACGUAAGACUUUAUACGUGUUUCAAGAUGGUAUGGACUUGAUGAAAGUAGCUUGUGCAACUUUAGGAUCUGUAGAGUGUAAUGAACGGGAUUGUGUUUGUUUGCUUUAUGUUGACCCGCUCGGUUGAACUUAAUCGCUACUGUAACUUGACGUGAAAGUCAUUACUUGCUUCACUUUUCGUAAGAUGACAUGAAUUUAGAUCUUGGUUUGUUGUAAAUAA